GAAAUGGUGUGACAAGUGAAAAUUCUACCAUAAUCGCAGUUACAGUAAAAAAAUAUUAAAAAUGACCAAAUUAGCUUGUUUUCUUUUUUCAACGAUGGUUAGUUUUUCUUUCGCUCAACCAAUAGAACAGGGACCAACGUUAAAGCCAACACCAAGUGAAAUACUUUAUCGUAUUGGUGAUAGAACAAAACCACUUGUUCUAGAGUGUGCUACGGAAAAAGGGGAAUCCAAUGUUCAAUUUUCGUGGAAUAAAAAUGGCAAACCCCUGCAAAUGAAUCCAAACGUUAUUCAACAAGAAAACGAAGGAACAUUAGUCUUCCUUCAGCCGACGACCGACGAUUCUGGCGACUACCAGUGCUUCGGUAAAUCAGUGGCCGGGGUCGCUAGCACUAGAACAAUAUCAGUUAAGCCCACUUACAUCAAUGCUCCUGAAGUCAAAACUGUAACCCACAAGCCUAUCGAGGGAAGACCUUUCAAAUUGGAAUGCACCAUCCCAGAUUCUUAUCCGAAACCAGAAAUUAAAUGGAUGUAUCAAUUCAAAACUGAUCCAAGCAUAUCCCAUUCGGUAUUGGAUAAACGCAUAACUCAAUCUCCUGAUGGCACUCUGUGGUUUUCAAGCGUCACCAAGGAAGACACCCAUGAAAACUUCAAAUACGUUUGCCUUGCUAAGACUCCAGCAUCGGAUGAUGAUAUUGUGCUUGCGGAGCACAUCAUCGAAGACGUUGUUCCCGAUAACAGUCCACGUGAUGCAGAAUUAGAGGAACAGUAUGUUACAGGAGAUAUCGUGGCUAAAAAGGGCGAUGUUACGAUGAUCUACUGUAUUUAUGGUGGAACACCUCUCACUCCUCCCGACUGGUACAAAGAUGGUAAGAAUAUGAACGGUGAACCCAAAGACCGUGUGACGAGGUACAACAGGAGUGCUGGCAAGCGUCUCCUCAUCAGGGACACGUGGCUCGAAGACGAGGGCGAUUACACGUGCAUCGUCGACAACGAAAUCGGACAACCGAAGAAGCAUAACAUGCAUCUUACAGUGAUCAGUGCACCAGAAUUUGUCAAAAAACCUGAACCCAUCAUGGUGCAAAAGGCAGGUCGAGAUAUCACAAUGCCAUGUGAAGUUGCCGGAGUCCCGAAUGCGAAGGUUUCGUGGACUUUCAACGCUCAACCUCUGCAACAAAAUGACAGGAUCUUAUUUAAGCAAAACGAAAAUAUUGGCAACAUGACUGUUGCUGAUUUAAUUAUUAAAAAUGUGAAUGUUAACGAUCGUGGCUAUUAUGGAUGUAAAGGCGCUAACGAUAAUGGUAGUGUAUACGCUGAAACGCUACUAAAUGUCUCAUAAAUAUAUAGAUUGGCUUUUUUAUGUUGACAUUUGCUAUACAUAAGUACUUACUUAAUAUAAAUUUUGAUUGUCCUUGAUGAGUAGAAUAAUUAUAGAUAAAAUAUAUUAUAAUAGUAAUUAAUAA